UGAUGGCCUCGUUCUUCAAGAACAGCGGACUGGCCAUUCGAGUGCUGACCAUAGUCUGGCUGCUCACCUACAUACCGUUCUUUGUGCUGUGGAACAAUCGCGAGCAGGGGGGUGAAGAUCAUUCGCUAUGCAUCGCAAGCGUUGCCCAACACUGUGCUCGCGCUCAUCUGCGAGGGGGAUCAUUGAGCGUGAGGUGAUCUUCGAUAAGAAAUGGGUCGAUGAGGGCUAUGCCUUGGACUCUGCCGGCGAUCGCGUUCAUGUCUAUUCGGGUUCGAUCAUAUUCCUGAUCAAUGCGCUCGUCUUUUGCGCCAUCGGCAUCUAUAUGGAUGUGUGGAACACUGGCGAAUCAGGCGGGACGCGCAAACGUCACAUUCCGGCGCCGACGCACAGUGGUGACUUUACGUUUCAGGAUCGUGACGAUAGCUUUAUGCCGCAGGGCUCACAGGCGGCCGGCAUUAAGGCCACCAAGAUCUAUGAGGUGGAGCCGUCGCAUCGCCGCUUCAAGAUCAAAAUCAAGAAACUGUGCAAACGUUAUACGGCCAACAGCCGUGGAGCACUCAACUCCUUCACCUGGAAUGUGUACGAGAAUGAGGUCACGGUGCUCAUGGGCCACAAUGGUUGCGGCAAGACGACGCUGCUGAAGAUCUUGGCGGGUCUGUUGGAGCCAACGCGUGGCCUGGUCAUGAUCGCAGAUUAUAAUAUACAAACGGAGCGACAAGAUGCAACCAUGCAAUUGGGUUUGGCAUUGAGCAAUAGUUUUCUGGUGCCCGAUUUCACCGUCUCCGAUCAGAUACGCUUCAUUUGUCUGGUCAAAGGCGCCUCCCGGUCGAUGGCCACCCAAGAGAUCGAUCUGUACACACAGCGCUUGCAAUUGGAGAACUUCAAGCAAACAAAAGUCAAGAAUCUGAGCGCACAACAUCGAAGUCUACUUUCCAUUGCUUGUGCUUUUGCUGGCGGCAGUCCGAUCAUACUGAUCGAUGAUCUGCACUGUGAUCUCGAUUUGCCGACGCAUUCGCUCAUCUGUGCCCUCAUCAACGAGGAGAAAUCACGUCGCACCAUCAUCUUGGUGUCGAACUCGACGGCGCUGGCCAAUCAUCUGGCCGAUCGGUUGGCGAUCAUGUCCAACGGCGAGCUCAAGUGCACGGGCACCAAGCCCUUUCUGCGCAAUAUGUACGGUCAUGGCUUUCGAUUGACACUUGUCAAGGGCAAGUCUUUUGAUUUCGAGGCGCUGAGUAAUCUCUUGACCAAAUAUCUUCCAAGUCUAACGAUGGAGAGCGACAUUGGCUACAAAGUGACGUUUGUGCUGGAGAAUAAAUACGAGGAUAAGUUUUCCGAUCUAUUCGAUGAACUCGAAGACGAGAUGGGCAAUCUGGAUAUUGUUAGCUUUCGUUUGCGUGACACAUCAUUGGACGAUAUAUUUUUGCGCUUCGGUUCCGAGGAGGGCGAUAUGACACCCGAGCCGGCCACACUGAUCGAGGACUAUAAACUGGUUGUCGAGGAUAGCGACAUCAAUGUUAAGGCAACGGGAAAGAAAUUAAUUUUAUUGCAUUUGUAUACAUUGCUGUACAUGCGUUGGGUCUUCAAUAAGCGACAAAUACCCAUUCAAAUUAUUUCUAUGGCCGCUCUGCUAUUUGCCACCACUUGCACAUUUUCUGCGGUCUUGAUCUAUGGCAAAAAUUAUGAGCUGACAUCUUUGUCCUUCAAUCUCACACAGUUCAAGUUUAUCAAUGCAUUUGUCGAGAUCCUUUCGGAGAAUGUCGAUGUCCUCGAAAUGCAAGAGUUCUUCAACGAGUUGCUCUUCUGGUACGAUGGCAACGUAAAGAUCGUCAAUACCGAGGACAUUAACGAUUACUAUCUGCUGCUGCAGAAUGAUUUCACCAAAGUAGUGAACUUUAAAUACAUGUUCGGUGCCUCGUUCAGCAGCGAUUUGAUAACCGUGUGGUUCAACAACAUUCCCUUGCAUGCUGCGCCCUUUGGCCUCAAUCUGGUGCACAAUGUUGUAGCAAGACGCUUCUUUCACGAUGAGGCCUCAAUUGAUGUGGCCCUACGUCCGCUGAAAUUUCAAACGGUCGCCAACACGAUACCUCAAUCGCCGCUCUCGCUGGGCAGCCUGAUGGCGAUCAAUCUCUCGUUUAUACUCGGCAUAAUGUGGGCUGGCCUGGCGGUUAGCACAAUACUGGAGCGCACAUUCAAGAAACAACAGUUUGUUGCUGGCGUAAAGCUGCACAUCUAUUGCAUAGCUCUGUUGUUCUUCGAUAUGGUGCGAAUUAUCGUCAUCAGCUUUGUUCUGAUUGUGGUUAUAGCCUUCUAUGCGAGUCCAACGAAACACGACUACUCGCUUUAUGGUUGGAUCUUUUUGGUGGUGGUUCUGUCAAGCAUUUCCAUAGUGACAUUAUCGUACUUUUUGUAUGCGAUAUUCAAGGAACCAAACUAUGCAUUCAUUAUCAUCUGUCUGUACAAUCUGUUGGGUAUUAUUAUAUUCACAAUCAGUGUGGGCGACGAACUAUCCGAUAUGAAUAAUAUCUAUCAACCGCUGAUACAAUAUACAUUUGGUGAGAUCAUCUUUAAGCUGUUAUAUCUUUACGACUACAAAUGGAUGUGUCAAGAUCCCACGGUGGAGUUUGUAUCUCGGGACAUUCUAAAGUGUCGCAGUACUCCAAAUUGUUGCAUUCAGUACAACUACUUUUCGCGUGAGUAUGGAAUGAUGUUUGAUAUGUUCAUUCUAGCUCUGGGCAUUUUUCUACCCUUGCUACUCUUCGUACUCGAGGAGCAAUACAUGCUGAUGACCAACGGCUGCGCUGGCAUGCCAUUAAAGUGUAUGCGUGAUCGCAACGAGAGGCGACAUCGCCGUCGACAGUGGCGAAAACUGCAACAACAUCGCCGCCAUCUUGGGAGUGAUGGCAACUAUUUGGUCGAUGAAUCGGUGUUGGCCGAGCGACUUCGUGUCGACAAGUUAACCGAUCAACAGCGAGCCGAAUUGGUUGUUGUCUGUCAUGGCUUGGGCAAGAGCUAUCGUCGCAAGGCUGUCCUCAUACGCAUCGAUUUGUGCAUUGAAAAAUCGGAGUGCGUUGGCUUAUUGGGUUACAAUAAUACGGGCAAAAGCACUUUAGUCAAGCUGCUUGUGGCCGAAACAAUGAAAUCGCAAGGCAAACUCUGGAUUGGCGGUUACAACAUGGACACGCGUCGAUCCAAAUGCUACUCCCUAAUAGGCUACUGCCCACAGAUGCAGAAUUUUCCAGCGAAAUUUACGCCACGCGAACUCAUGAUCAUACACGCCCGUCUGCAUGGAUUAUCGAAAAAAGCGAGCACACAAAUCUGCGAGGGAUUGGCGCAUUUGUUGGGCUUCUUUCAGUGCUAUCGGCAAUUGAUAUCGCUCUGCACCACCGGCCAGCAGCGACGCAUUGGCUUCGCCUUGGCCAUCUUGGGUGAUCCGCUGUUAAGCUGCAUCGAUGGACCGCCCGGUGGCAUUGAUCCCAUUGGCAAGCGUAUCUUAUACAGCCUAACAUCCUAUAUGCAGCAACGUGGCUGCAGUUUUCUCUACACAAAUCUCAGUGCCUCGGACUGUGAGCGCAUGUGUCAGCGCACCCCGGUGCUCUUCGAUGGUCAGCUGUGGACAAUGGGCGCCCAGGAGGAACGCUAUCGUUCCGGUUAUUUGCUGGAGGUGCUUUUCAAGCGUAAGAUCAACAUGGAUAUCACCACCGCACGCUACACUUGGGAUCGCAUCAAUCAGUUUCCGGCAUCGCCACACAAAAAACUCGAACUCUUUAUGCAAAUGAAAUUUCCAGACGCAACGCUGCAGCAUCUGGAGCAGGAGUCCAUGUCGUUUUUGCUGUCCAGCGAUACGACCAAUUUCUCGGAAAUCUUUCUCGCCAUACGACGCGAUGUCUUUGAAUUGAACAUUGAGGACUUCUACAUAACACGCAAUGUGGUCAGCGGCAUUCAUGUGAAUCUAUUCGAUCGCUUGGCAUUGCGUUCAGGUCGUGCCACAACUGACAACUGAAGAAGCAGCCCUCAAGAAACAUGAUUUUUUGUGUUAAACUUAUUUUUCUGUAAUAAUACAAUGUUUAAAAAACCGUUACAUGUCUGUACUAUGUCAGUUAACAUGACCAUG